GGGCGGCUGCGCUCUCUCCCUCUCCCCCUCCCUCCCUGCCUCCCUUUCUUUCUUUCUCUCCUUCUCACUCUCUGGUCUUUGCCUCCGCAGCCGGCCGAGGGGGCGGGCCCUGCAGUCUUUGUUGCCCAAGGACCGUGCGCAGCCGCCCGCCGGACCAGAGUUCGGGCCCGGGAACCUAGAGCUGCACGCGGCUCGGGUAUGUCCUGAGCCGGACCCAGGACCCGGCAGCGAGUGGACGGGACGGACGAGAGCGUGCGCGUGGGGUCGCCCAGCGGCCGCCCGGCCCCGGCCAUGCUCGGUGGCCCGAGUCCCCGCAGCCCCACGCCGCUGCUGCGCCCCCUCCUCCUGCUCCUCAGCGCUCUGGCGCCCGGCGCCCACGGAUCCGCACCAGGGCACGCGGCCCAGGGUCGGGCGGCGCUGGACAUCGUGCACCCUGUGCGUGUGGACGCGGGAGGCUCCUUCCUGUCCUACGAGCUGUGGCCCCGUGCGCUGCGGAAGAGGGACGUGUCUGCGCGCCCCACCGCUCCUGCCUUCUACGAGCUGCAGUACCGAGGCCGCGAGCUGCGCUUCAACCUGACCGCCAACCCGCACUUGCUGGCGCCCGGCUUCGUGAGCGAGACGCGGCGGCACGGCGGCCUGGGCCGAGCGCACAUCCGGGCCAGCGCCCCGGCCUGUCAUCUGCUCGGCGAGGUGCAGGACCCCGAGCUCGAGGGCGGCCUGGCGGCCAUCAGUGCCUGCGACGGCCUGAAAGGUGUGUUCCAGCUUUCCAACGAGGACUACUUCAUUGAGCCCCUAGAUGGUGUCCCAGCCCGGACUGGCCGUCCCCAGCCCCACGUGGUGUACAAGCGCCAAGCCCCUGAGAAGCGAGCAGAGCAGGACGACUCCAGGGCUCCAGGCACCUGUGGGGUGGAAGGGUCCCCAGAGCUGGAGUUCCGGCGGGAGCGUUGGGAGCAGCGGCAGCAGUGUCAGCGGCCGAGGCGUCUACAGCAGCGCUCGGUGAGCAGAGAGAAGUGGGUGGAGACCCUGGUGGUGGCCGACCCCAAGAUGGUGGAGUACCACGGGCAGCCCAACGUCGAGAACUACGUGCUGACCAUUAUGAACAUGGUGGCUGGCCUGUUCCAUGACCCCAGCAUCGGGAACCCCAUCCAUAUCACCAUCGUGCGCCUGAUCCUGUUGGAAGAUGAGGAGGAGGACCUAAAGAUCACUCACCAUGCAGACAAUACCCUGCGGAGCUUUUGCAAGUGGCAGAAAAGCAUCAACAUGAAAGGGGACGCUCACCCUCUGCACCAUGACACUGCCAUCCUGCUCACCAGGAAGGACCUGUGUGCGGCCAUGAACCGACCCUGCGAGACCCUGGGCCUGUCCCAUGUGGCGGGCAUGUGCCAGCCGCACCGCAGCUGCAACAUCAAUGAGGACACAGGCCUGCCCCUGGCCUUCACCGUGGCCCAUGAGCUUGGGCACAGUUUUGGCAUUCAGCAUGACGGAAGCGGCAAUGACUGUGAGCCCGUUGGGAAACGGCCUUUCAUCAUGUCUCCACAGCUCCUGUACGACGCUGCGCCUCUCACCUGGUCCCGCUGCAGCCGCCAGUACAUCACCAGGUUCCUCGACCGUGGGUGGGGCCUCUGCCUGGACGACUCUCCCGCCAAGGAUGUCAUCGACUUCCCCUCAGUGCCGCCUGGCGUCCUGUACGAUGUGGGCCACCAGUGUCGCCUCCAGUACGGGGCCUACUCUGCCUUCUGCGAUGACAUGGAUAAUGUCUGCCACACACUCUGGUGCUCUGUGGGGACCACCUGUCACUCCAAGCUGGAUGCAGCUGUGGAUGGUACCAGGUGUGGGGAGAGCAAGUGGUGUCUGAACGGGGAGUGUGUUCCUGUGGGCUUCCGGCCUGAGGCUGUGCACGGCGGCUGGUCUGGCUGGAGCGCCUGGUCCGUCUGCUCGCGGAGCUGCGGCGUGGGUGUGCAGAGUGCUGAGCGGCAGUGCACACAGCCUGCGCCCAAAUACAAGGGCAAAUACUGCGUGGGUGAGCGGAAGCGCUUCCGCCUCUGCAACCUGCAGGCCUGCCCCGCCGGUCGCCCCUCCUUCCGCCAAGUCCAGUGCAGCCACUUUGAUGCUAUGCUCUACAAAGGGCAACUGCACACCUGGGUGCCCGUGGUCAAUGAUGUGAAUCCCUGUGAGCUGCACUGCCGGCCCUCGAACGAGUACUUUGCCGAGAAGCUGCGGGACGCCGUGAUCGACGGCACCCCCUGCUACCAGGGCCAGGCCAGCCGUGACCUCUGCAUCAAUGGCAUCUGCAAGAAUGUGGGCUGCGACUUCGAGAUCGACUCGGGAGCCGUUGAGGACCGCUGCGGCGUGUGCCACGGCAACGGCUCCACCUGCCACACCGUGAGCGGGACCUUCGAGGAGGCUGAGGGCCUGGGGUAUGUGGACGUGGGGCUGAUACCGGCUGGGGCUCGCGAAAUCCGCAUUGAGGAGGUGGCCGAGGCUGCCAACUUCCUGGCCCUGCGUGGCGAGGACCCGGAUAAGUACUUCCUCAACGGCGGGUGGACCAUCCAGUGGAACGGGGACUACCAGGUGGCAGGCACCACCUUCACGUACGCACGCACUGGCAACUGGGAGAACCUCACAUCCCCUGGUCCCACCGACGAGCCUGUCUGGAUCCAGCUUCUGUUCCAGGAGAGCAAUCCCGGGGUGCGCUACGAGUACACCAUCCACAGGGAGGCGGAUGGCCACGGCCACAUCCAGCCGCCCGAAUUCUCCUGGCACUAUGGGCCCUGGACCAAGUGCACAGUCACCUGUGGCACAGGCAUGCAGCGGCAGAGCGUGCACUGCACAGAGCGGCAGGCGGGGCCUGUGGACGAGAGGCACUGUGACCCCCUGGACCGGCCCGACGACCGGCAGAGGAAGUGCAGCGAGGAGCCCUGCCCUGCCCGGUGGUGGGCAGGCGAGUGGCAGCUGUGCUCCCGCUCCUGCGGGCCUGGGGGGUUCUCCCGGCGGGCUGUGCUCUGCAUCCGCAGUGUGGGGCUGGAUGAGCAGAGCGCCCUGGAGCCUCCCGCCUGCGAACACCUACCCCGGCCCCCUGCUGAAACCCCUUGCAACCGUGACGUGCCCUGUCCGGCCACUUGGGCCGUAGGGAACUGGUCUCAGUGUUCAGUGACGUGUGGGCCAGGCACUCAGCACCGAAGCAUCCUCUGCACCAAUGACACCGGUGUCCCCUGCGAUGAGGCCCAGCGGCCAGCAAGCGAGGCUGCCUGCCUUCUGCCACCCUGCCUGCAGGCCGUGGACACGCCGGGCCCUGAAGGCUCAGGCAGUGGCUCUUCCAGCCACGAGCUCUUCAAUGAGGUUGACUUCAUCCCUCGGCGCCCGGCCCCACGCCCUCUGCCCCCCUCACCCCCCGAGCCAGCUGGCAUGGGCAAUGCCAUCGGGGAGGAGGACCCCAAGAUGGGCCUGCCUGGGCCUGUGUUUGUGGAUGACUUCUACUAUGACUACAAUUUCAUUAACUUCCAUGAGGACUUGUCCUACGGAAUCUUCGAGGAGCCUGACACAGACCUGACAGGGGAUUGGAUGCCCCCACCCCUGAGCAGUCCUCCUGAGCCCCCCACGGGCACUCCCGUGCCUGCCACAGAGCCUCCUGGGGCUGAGAAGGAGGGGGCUGUCCCCGGGCCCCGCUGGGCUGGUCACUCCCCUCCCCCGCCCUCGGAGCAGACCCCUGGGAACCCCCAGCUCAAUUUCUUGUCUGAGGAGGAUGCCCCCAUUGGAGCCCCGGACCCUGGCCUCCCCAGCUUACUUUGGCCCCCAACUCCAGUCAGCCUGGAGACGCCCAUGCCCCCUGGCAACCAGACCAGCUUCCCCGGAGGGGAGCACAGCCAGGGCCAGCCACCCCUGCCCCCACCCCAGGGGGAGAGGACCAAUGAGGUUUCCGAGGAUAAUGACGAAGCCACAGGCCACAAAGCACCGUACCUUCCCCAGAAGCCCAGCCCCACGUCGCCCUCUUUGCCCUCCAUCAGCACCACCCACUCUUCAGGUCCCAACAUGGUAGAGCUGUGGACAGGCAAGGUUGUGGCCUGGGACCCAGCCCUGGACAGUGGCCUGGGGCCCCAACCUCCUCCCACAGCCGCUCUGCCAGACACAUGGGGCACGGACAGCCCCCUGGAGCCAGGGAGUCCCACCCUUUCAACCCCGAGAAUGGCUCUACAAGAUCUGCAGACAGGGGCAGUGCCAGGAACUUUCCUUCGGACGGCCCCAACUGGCCUAGGAAACACACCUUGGGUGACUGCCCUUAGCCCAGGACCCUUGGGCCAGCCUGAGUCCCCCAACUCUGAUGAGUCCCCAGGCCCUGUGCUCCUGUCCAUACCAGCUCAGGACAGUCUGGCCAACAGCAGCAGAGCCCCUGCCCCGCUGGUCCCCAGCCCGACUGAGGCGGAGGCCCCUGUGUACCUGCCAGCCGCCAGGAACGCCAGCUGGGAAGUAGGAAACUGGAGCGAGUGCUCCACCACGUGUGGCCUGGGUGCUGUCUGGAGGCCCGUGCGCUGCAGCUCCGGCCGGGAGGAGGACUGCAUCCCCGCUGGCCGGCCCCAGCCUGCCCGCCGCUGCCACCUGCGGCCCUGUGCUGCCUGGCAUACAGGCAACUGGAGCAAGUGCUCCCGCAGUUGUGGCGGGGGUUCUUCCACGCGGGACGUGCAGUGCGUGGACACGCGGGACUUCCGGCCACUGCGGCCCUUCCACUGCCAGCCGGGGCCUGCCAAGCCGCCUGCCCGCCGGCCCUGUGGGGCCCAGCCCUGCCUCAGCUGGUACACCUCUUCCUGGAGGGAGUGUUCUGAGGCCUGCGGCGGGGGCGAGCAGCAGCGUUUGGUCACCUGCCCAGAGCCGGGCCUCUGCGAGGAAGCGCUAAGACCCAACAGCACACGACCCUGCAACACCCACCCCUGCACACAGUGGGUGGUGGGGCCCUGGGGCCAGUGCUCAGCCCCCUGCGGUGGCGGCGUCCAGCGGCGCCUGGUCAAGUGCGUUAAUACCCAGAGUGGGCUGCCCGAGGAAGACAGCGACCAGUGCGGCCACGAGGCCUGGCCCGAGAGCUCCCGGCCUUGUGGCAUCCAGGACUGCGAGCUCACAGAGCUGCCACGCUGUGAGCGCGAUCGCCUGUCGUUUGGUUUCUGCGAGACUCUGCGCCUGCUGGGCCGCUGCCAGCUGCCCACCGUCCGCUCCCAGUGCUGUCGCUCCUGCCCCCUGCCCGGCCACGGCGCCCCCUCCCGUGGCCAUCAGCGGGUCGCCCGCCGCUGACCCACGGCCCAGCCCAGCCAGGAUUCCCAGAUCGACAGACACACAGACCUCAGCGCCCAGCACGGGCCGCGGCGGAGCCCCUGUCCCUCGCGCCCUCAUGGUGCUAACCCGCCCCUGCCAGCGGCAGGCUGGGGACCCCUCCCCUCAGAAAAGGUAUUUUUUUAUUCUAACAGUUUGUGUAACAAUUUAUUAUUAUAUUAUUAUUAUACAUAAACGAGCAUCUACUGUUUUGAAGUGCAGCUUGGCUUCCUCUUGGGCGGGGGGAUUUGAGGUCAGAAACUCCAGCUCUGCCGCAGCAGAGACACCGCCUUUUCAUCUCCACCAGGGGGAGAGGGCGGCUGAGAAGCCCGCAGGACAGGGCCCUGGGGGCAGGAAGGCCCAAAGGGAAGGCCGAGGCCUUGUGAGCUGAGGGCUGCUUCCCAGACAGGUGUGCUCAGGGCCUCGGUGGGUUGGAUGAGGGGUGGUGGGAAGCUUUUCUAGGCACUGGGAGCAGUUUUCAGAGGCCUGGGGGGAUGGUCCCUACUCACCAUCCUUCCACACCCCUUAACUUCAUGCGCCCCACCCGGGGCCUUGGCGAGGAGGCUGGGGAAGGCCUGCCACUAGCUCCAUAAAGUGGCCUGUGCAGGCUCCCUGGCCCUUACCUCUGGCCCUGUGCCUUGGACUUGACCGUUUUACCAUGUCCUCCCAAGUUCUACUCCUGGACAGGGUUCGCCCCCUUCUCCAGAUGGGGAAACACCACUCAUGUUCUGUUCUCGGGUGUCGGCCACUCGCAGAGCGUGAUGGGAACUGGUGGUCCUGGAGCUGAGUGUGGGGGGCAUGAGGGCACUUGCCCUGGGCCCCAUGGCUCCUCGUGGCUUGCUGUGUGUUCUGAGAGUGGGGUGGGGGUUGGGGGGACCCUGAAAAUCACUCCUUGGGGACAGAGACCAAGAAAUAGUAUCAGAGGCUGAAGCAGUUGACAAGUGUCUCCCAGGACAGGACUGGAGUUAGAAAGGUGCUGUCUCUGAUCCCACAUCACACCCUAUUUAGUCAUGAGCACAUUCUACGGGGCUGGAGUGAGUACCCUACUUUGAGAUGAGAAGCCCAAGGCUCUGAGAGGGAGGGGUCUGGCCCAAAGCCAUGCGCCCGGACCGUAGGCCUUGAGCGCCCACCUCCCGCUGUGACUAGGUGGGAAGGUGGCCCUGAGCAGCCCCAGGGUAAGUCUGCACAGAGAGUCCCAGCAGCACUGCACUGUCCGAGGGUGGAGGGGUGUCAGGCUUGCUUCCUGUCUGUGUUUGCAGCAGCCGGCUGGCCCAAGGAGGCCCUGGGGACCCAUGCUCUGAGAAAUGGCUUCCCAGAGCUUUCCAAGGUCACAAGCGCAACCCCUUACAAGGGACAGGAGCAGGGCCCCUGACCCACACAGCCAGCAGGGGCUACCAGUUCCAGCUAUGCCAUUGCUGUUGUGCUGUGACCUCAGGCAUCCACAGCUUCCCCAUCUCCUCCCUGCUCUGUCUGGGAGUCCUCACUGGCUCCCCCCACCGUCGUCACACUGCGGAAAGACACUGGGUCUUAAUCAUUCUCAUGUGUUUUUCCAACAAUAGGGGGUGAGGGGAGUGGUGUCCCCGGUGGCAGCUGGGCCUGAGCUGUCAGCCCAGGCAGGAGGCAAACAACCCAUGACUCAGGCAGAGCUCGUCACAGCUGGUGGGAGGGGGGUGCCCGCCUCCCUGUGGCUGCUUCAGCUCCUGGCUCCCCGCCCACCCAGAGCCCCCAGCCCUCACCUGCAGCCUGGACAUGGUCUCAGGGCCUCCCAGGGCUACCACUGCUGACAAAGGCACACUGUGUCCGUCCCCCCCCCCCCCCAGAGCAGCCAAGAACAGGGACGCAGAGACACCCAGCUGGAAGGUGGAGAGCGCCCCCCCCCAAAAAAGCCUGUCCCACCUCUGAGCCCUGGGGGCUGAGUCUCAUCACAAGUUCUAGCUGCACUUCAAACCAGAACAUUAUACAAAUUAGUAGUUUAUUUUGCCUUUUAGUAUGACAAUUCCAAAAUUUAACCUGAAGGUAAGCACAGAAGCUGCUGUGACAAGAAGGAAAGGGUCACUUGGCAAUGCCCCGAGGCCUCCAGUGCCGCACCCAGCCUCCUGCCUGCGAGGACAGCCCCAGGCAGACCCAGCUGCCCAGCACGCAAGCAGGAAGGCAGCACUGUGCAAAGCGAGGAGGGAUUUGUGCAAUAAUACAAACAUUUAGUUAAACCCAGACUGGCUAUUUGCCUGGAAUACUUCCUAUAUCGAUAUAAUGUAGUUGAAACCAGGAUUGUUCCCAGCAAUCAACAGUCUUGGCUGCUGCCGGACCGCUGUCAGCAUGACUGCAAGUAGCCCACGGCUACCUGGGGUACGAAGUGGGCCCCCACACACAAAAGGGGACGUCAGUGACGGUCCAGCUAGAGGCCAGAGACUGCACAGAGGUGAAGCGCAUUCCAGAGGCUCAGGUUUACAUAAAUACAUAUGAGGGAGUCGUGCACACAGAAGAAUUUGUUAUAUAAAAUAGACGUACAUAAUCUAGAAAACUUUGAUAAAAAUAGCCUAUAAAAAAAUAAACUGUAGUGAAAAUAUACAAAAGUAAAAAGUAUUAACAAAUGUUCAACCCAUAAAAAACAAAAACCCACCAAGAGGAAAGCUGGAGGUGCCCACCUGGUGUGAUGAGGGCGGCUCCCCUUGGGCAUGGAGUGUGCAUCUGGGAAGCAGGCUGUGGGCUGCAAGGCCCACCUUGCAGGGGCCCCGGGCUGAGGCAGCCCCUGUCAGAGGGCCCCCGACGGGCGCACGAAGGGUACCGAGCAGCUCGUUCCUCAGCGGCACAAGGGGAGGGGGAGCAAGCCCUACGGUUCUAGAGGAAGGAGUGGGCUCCAUCCUAUUCCCCCGAGUGGAGUAGGGCCAAGCAUUCCCGCCCCCUGGACACCCAGUGCUUCAUUCCAGAGGAGACCCUCCAGGAAAGCGUUCCUGGCCCCUUUCCUCCCCCAUCUCUCCACUCACCCUUGCCAGCUGCCUGGUCACUGAUAGUAAUCGCCUGGGUAACACCCCACCACCACUCAGGGAAUGGCCACACACUGGGCUCUAGCCAUACACGGCAGGCUCCUGGGCCCAAUUCAGGUGCGUUUAAGGCGGUUCUGUUCCUAUGGGCAGCCGUUCAGCCCCCAGGACGUGGCAGUCCCAGGGGGAAAAUCAACUUGGGAACUAAAGUCUCAAGGAAGAUGGAGCUGAUCUGUGGGACCCCAGCUCCACUCUUCCUGCACCUCCUGGGCUACUGUCCCCUAGGCUGACGGCAGCUGUGGGAGGUGGGCUGCAGCCCAGUGGUCCUGCGGGGGUCUGCGCAUAGAAGUGAGGCUGCAACAUCUGCCUUGGAGCGACCCAACUCCCAAGGCAGCUUCCUCCUGACAACCUCAGACAGCUACUCCCAGAGACCAAAACAAUGAGAAAACACAUUUCUGAUAUUCGAAAAGAGACUAAAGCUUUUGGCUACAUAUAGAGGCCAACUCCCUCUAUACAGUGAAAAACCCAAUUAACCAGCUUAACCAAACAGAAAAGCUAAGCUCAAUCCUUACUAUGCUAACUGCUAGAAGACCGACACUUAAGAACCAUGCUCUGAAAAAGGCACUUCUUCAGAUUACACUGUUUCAAUAGUCUACGCAUGUUUAAUAUCAGCUAAGGAUUAUUUCCAAGUUUUUCCAGGUAGUGUAAAAACAAACAAACAAAAAAACCCAUUUAAAAUCGUUUCUUUCCUAUUCUUUCCUAUUGAGUAAUACUGUCCAGGAAUCGUGCUCUCACACAUCAGGCUGGUCCACAGAGUGAUUAAGCAAGAACAACCUCCACUGCACAAAGCCCCUGCCAGGCCUUCAGAAAGGUGGUGCUCAAAGUCCCAGCACUACCUGGGCAGCCUGACUUGCUGGGGACAACAGGCGCCCCACAGGGGAGGGCUGCCUUGCCUCAGGGAGGGGAGGACAGCUGCCGAGAACAGGAUGCUUCUGUGUGGUGGUGGGAAGGGGACACGUCCGGGAGGGCUCUGCAAAGCUCUGACCCCAAGCAAAGUCUUCCCAGCUGCAGGUCCUGGCAGUGGCCUCCCUGCCACCCUGGCCUGGCGGAGACACUGAGCACGGGCUCUUCCCGAGGAAGCCGUGGGGUCCAGCAGUCCAGCAGCGUUCACACUGCCACUGUACCACUGCCCUGCAGAGCGCCCCCAGAGAAGCUUCCUCCCUCAGCCAAGCCUGGCAGGGGUCGGGGUGGGGGGGUAGGGGGCUGCUUUGUAGGCUCAUGACCCACAGGUUCCUUGGAAUCCCAUCCACAUGUGAAGAAGGAGCCAAGAGUCAACACUCAGAUGGAAAGGGGAGCUUUGCACAGAGCCUCGUGGCCCGUGUGGGCGGAGUGAGUUGCGGGGUGGGGGUGUCUGGAGGCUGUGCAUGAGAGGGGAAACGCUGCGCCAGAAACGGGGGCAUGGCUGGCCGUGUGGAGCCGCCAGCAGAAAGAAGGCCUGUGGACAGAAUUUCCACAGGCUGCUUCGGCACACGGGAUGUGCUUGCUUUCCUAAGGUUUUUUCCCACCAACCUUUAUGCCACCGGAAGCAGUCAGACUCUGGCUCAGGAGUGUCUGAAGUGCAGUGGGCAUCCUCCCUGGCAGCCAUUCAAAAAACACCCACGGCCGCCCACCAGGUACAGGACACCAAGGGGGAGAUGGCCGAGGUAAGGUUUUCUAAGCAAGACACAGCAACACAGCCGACAGAUGCUGUAAACAGACUCUUGGAAGCAGCUGACUGUAAGCUGGUGAUGACCCACCAGGCAGAAAGCAGGGCAAUGCGAGCGCCAGAGGCCGCGGCGUGGGGAUGGCUGUAAACAGACGAGCCCCCACCCCGAGUGGGAAUGAGAAAGUGCAGUGUGGCUCUGACAUCUGCCCAGCAGACGUCCAGAGACCACGGAUGUGACAUUCGGGCUUUGAAACGAGCAGACACGUCCCCGCUAUUCACCUUUUUGGCACACUUUGGUUGUGAAGGCAAGAAGAGCAGCGUCGGGGUGGGUGGGGGUUGGGUGGCGCUCAGGUGUCCUCUUCCUCGUCGCUGACCAGCUCGCCCUUGUCAGGGCUGGUGUCCCGUUCACGCAGGAAGUCCUCCCGAAUGGCCUCCAGCUCUGUCAGCUCCAGCCGGACCUUCUCCAAGUGGUAGGCACGCCGGUUCCGGAUCUGGCGCAGGGGGAAUGGGUUCAGGUCCCCAAAGGAGAUGCUGAUCAGCUUCCUGGCAAGACACAGACGGAGCACGUCAGGGAGGCUCAGGCAGUGCUCACCCUCAGCCCUCAUUUCAGCCCAGAGGCCUGAGGGCACGGGGAGUCCAGCUCGGAGGGCUGUGCUCUUGCAGGGGCAGGCUCACGUGGUGGCCUGAAUCCAGACACCAGCUCCACCAGGCACUUCCUGUGUGACACAGAGCAGGUGAAGUGCCCUCUUUACAGCCUCCAAUUCCAUAUCUGUACAUCGCAUAAUUAAUGGGUUCCUUGGGUUGCUACCGUGGGCACUAGGACGGUGUCUGGCACUUGCUCAGUGACGGUGGGGGCCACAUGCCUCUGACUCUUUGGAACCAGCAGGAAGCCUUGCGCAGGGUGUGCUUGGGAAGACUUGCCAAGCUGAUGGCUGGGGAGUGAACGGAUGCACGAUGCCUGGGCAAGCCUGGGGGUAACUGGCAGACCAGUCAGUGGCGUGGCAAGAUGCAGUCUAUGGAGAAAAGGGUGGUUUAUGGGUUUUGUACUUCCCCCAGAUCAAGGCACCCAGCUACAAUAAACAUUUAAAAAUCAUGGUAAUUUGCCCCUAACCACUGGCCAAUGGUUUAAUAAAAACAGGGCUAAAACGUGCCCUGAGGCGUGGCAAUGGCUUCCAGCUGUCUCGGGCCACUGCAGAAGCCAGCUCCUCCAGCACUAAGCAGCAGGGAAGGAAGGCCCUAUACACUUACAAACCCCAGGAGAAGCUGUGAUGAAACAGAAAUGUCACAGGACUUCCUCCUGCCUCUGUCAGAAAACAAACAUUUGCUCCUGCUACUCCUCAGUCACUCGGGCUGCUUUACCAUGAUGCAUACAUAAGAAAGGUCACACGCCCUUGGCAUUCCUUCCUCUCAUGCUUUUAACCACCCUCUCCUCGGGCCUCACUCCAAGCCAGGGGGUGCUCCUGCAAGAAGGGAAAGGGCCAGAAAGGCUGGCUUUAAGGCCCGGCUCCCCGGAGCAUGUUCUAGAACUCGUGAGUGAGAGAGGCUGGAGCCCAGCCAUCACUCAGCGUGGGUCUCUGUGAAAAACAACACUGGCCGGGGACUGGGAACCGGGCCGUAAGACCAGCCCCUUUUCUCCGACAGCCGUCAGUCACAGGCUCCGUAUACCUGGGAUGGAGGUGCCCCAGGCCCUUCUCUGCUGCAGAAAGCACCGAAUCAAACUGAUACCGGUCACUGCCGAUUGAGGCCUAUCAGCGCAGGCUGGGCAGCACGGGAGAUGACACACCGCCUCUGCCUGGGCCUGGAAGGUCCAGUCUAGAGAUGAGAAAGUGCCCUGUGCCCGCCAAGUUCAGAAGAUGACGCUCAGCACGUGAAAGGUGCCUCGAAGUCUUGAUUCACAGAUUGGUCUAAGCUUUUCUCACCCACACCCCUGACCACAUCUGACUCAGAAUGCCCUACCUCCUCCUUGGCAGAACCAAUCCAUGGAGGCAGGAUCAAUGUUCCUUGGAGCCGCUGGUCUGGGGAACUUACUAAAAUACUGGGCCCCAGUCCAGAGGGAGGGCCAGAGCACCUGCAGUGCUAAGGACACCCCAGGUGAUGCUGCUGCAUCCGGAAGCUCCAGGCCUUGUUGGACCUUGACUUCUGGCGGCAGAGACAGAAACGCUGCAUGAGAGCCUCUCACCAGGUGGCGCUGCAGGAUCGCAAGACAGAAGGCAGCCCUGCCCUGCCGGCCACGGAGCCGCCUGCCAUGCUGACAAUGACACCCGCACAAAACUGCCAGGGGCCCAGCAGGAUGCCCUCCCUCCCAGGCGUUAGCUGUCAGAGUCAAGUUUACUUAAGACCAUUCUUGUCAUGUGACCUGAUGUAAGAUGAAGAAAACGCUCUCAAGGCUCACCCCAGACUCAGUCUUUCACAGGCAAACGGUGUUCUUAGAUAUACUAUUGUUGCUGACAUAGCAAUAAGCCUGAAAACCUCUUAAAAAUCCACUUCCCAAGUAAAAGAUCCUAACAACAGUGACAACUUUCGAGGAAGCUGGGUACAGCCUCAGCCCCCAUCUCCUCCCGACGUCCACGUCCCUGGUCCCCGUGGCCUCACUCAAGAGAACUAGAGUGUGGUUUUCCAGCCCGGUCCUCCAUCCCCUCUCUGGCCCUGCACACUCUCCUGCCCCAAGACCCCCGCAGCAACGGUGCCCUGCAGCUCCCAGCUACAACGCUCCAGGAUGUGUGCCCUAGGUUAUGAGAUAAAAUAUUCUUAUUAUGGGUGGCAGUCCACAGAGUUUGAGAAACAUGAAUAAGCUCCAAAUGCCUCUCAGUGAAAGGACUCCCGUGGUUUUCACAAGGUGCCCAGCCUGAUGCGGGGGUCCACUCCCAUGCAGGAGAGGCAGCUCAGCCCCAGGGCACAGCCAAGGUUAAGGUGGCCUCAGCGCCUCGGGCGGAGGGCGCUGCACCGCCUAGUCAGCAGCAGGGCCACAGAAAUCCCCUCGGAGAACACGGCCUCGGCCACCAGGGCCAGAGCAGCCGCCACCAGUGGUCCAGGGCCUGUACGGACAAUGAGGGUGGCCCAGAACAGGCAGUAACUGUGCUGGGGACCAAGGGGGCCAAGCGACCCCUGAACCCUUGGUUAUCAGGGCCAGAAAGCCGGGGGCCUCCCAAGUUCAAACUUCUCCUCCACUCUCUUCAGUCUGCCCCCUUUGCUACCUCCGGGGCAUCGCUCUCCAGGCUACCCCCUCUCUCGCCUGCACCCCCUGGUCUUCCACCGCCAGUCCUGCUCCCACCUGACAGGCCCAUCUCCUGUCUCACCCUGCAGGGACUUCCCAACCUCUCAGGAUGAAGCACAAGGCCCUGGGCAUUGUCCACAAGGCCUGAACAGUCCAGCUCUGUUCCCUCCCAGCCUUCAGCCUCGCCACAUUGGCCCCACCCUGGCCACGCCACCCCUGCGGUUCCCCAAACACGCUGUGCUCCCACCCUCUGCACAUGGUGCCACGUCUUGCCGCCCCUUCCCAGCCGGGUGCACCCAGCUUCCUCCUGCAUUGACCCCUUCCCUGGGCUUCCUCUGCCACAGCUGAGCAAAUCAGACCGUCACACUGCCCCCCAAGUUCAAUGACAGGGCCUGCGCCUCAGUGCCUGGCAGGGGGCCUACGCAUCGUCGACAGUAAGUGCUUGUAGACAGAUGAGAAUGUUACUCUGGUUGCUGGGACCCCUGUUUGCUGGAUGAAGAAUAAAAGCAUCUUUCACCUUAGUUCCUCCUGAAUCUUUGGAGGCCACCAGCCGUUCCCACUCCUCUCCCCUUUCUCCCUGGAAGGAGGCGCCCUCGCUCACUGCUGCAUGUCUGGGAAGGCUCUGGCUUUAUGAUGGCAGGGACAGGCUCGAGGAGGCAAGGGUCAGGAUUCCUGCCUCCCUGAGGUCUGGGGAUUCCAAGGGCUCACCUAGCAUCCAGGAUGGUGCGCGUGAAGUACCGGAGAUACUUGAAUAUGGACAUGGAAUCUUGCAAUUUCAGGAUCUCCUCUUCCUUGUACUUAAAAAGUGCCAGGGCAAAGCGGAAGAUAACCUGUGCAAAGGACGGAGGAGCCUGUGAGGAGAGAAGCAGCGCGGCCGCAGGUGCCAGCUCUGGGGGUGGACAGGCCUCCCUGGGGCCCUGGGAGUGGCCCCUCGCAGCAGACACCUGACCUGAUACACAGCUUCUGCUGAUGCGAAUCUUAAUAGAAAACCAUUUUCAACAACACUUCAACCCAAACCAAAAAUUCCCCUAAGGACUAGAAUCUUUGUGGAAUCCUUCCACAUUCAGCUCACACUUCCAGUCAACAAGCUAUAAAGAACUGCAAAUAAUUUUAAAAAUCAAAAUUAAGGGUCCUUGGAUUCUGAAGCUCUUAGAGAGCCCUACCUCCAGGGGAAGUUUUUAUCUCAACUACUGAAACUGGGCUCAGAAUGACUGACUUCUGAAUAUGGUGACGAAGUCAAAUUUUUGUUUUACUGAUUCUUGGGUAGGGGGGCACCACUUUCAGGCUAGAGGGACUGGACGCCUGGGGGGCCCCACAAGUUCAAGCAGCUUUGGGACAAACCGCUUUGUCCAACAUCUGAGGGCACAGGCUGGCCUGUACCAGCCUGCACUUCCUCUUAUCUAGAAAGCAAUAUCUACAGAGUUUAAGUAAGUUGUCUUUCUCUUAACAUCCCUACUUAGGCCCCAAUAGGAAACACUGUUUAAGCCCUAGUUGAGAACUCUUUUUAAUAAUGACAGACUAGAUUUACAAAUUAAAACAGACUGUGUUGGGCAGAGUAUGGGGAGAUACACGCACUCAAACUUUGGGUGGGAGCAGGAACUGGUGGGGCCCUUCUGCAGCGCAAUUUGGCACAUUCUCGAUGAAAACCACAGGGUCCUUGGGUUCUGGGUUUACCCUGGACCCAGCACUCCCACUUCUAGGACUACACCUACAGAUACACUUGCACAUGUGUAAGAGACAAUUAUAAGGAGUCACUGCAGGAGUUCUUGUCGUGGCUCAGUGGUAACAAACUCGACUAGGAUCCAUGAGGAUGCAGGUUUGAUCCCUGACCUUGCUCAGUGGGUUAAGGAUCCCAUCUUGCUGUGGCUGUGGUCUAGGCCGGGGGCUGCAGCUCCAAUUCCAUCCCUAGCCUGGGAACCUCCAUAUGCCGCAGGUGCAGCCCUAAAAA